AUGUCGAAGACGCGCAAGUCGGUCAAAGUGGUUGGCAAUGUUGGUGCGCUCACAGGCCGUCGCAACCGUCAAGAGACGAUGUUAUCCGUACGAAAAGCCAAAAAAGAGGAUGCAUACGCCACUCGUCGUAAUCUUAAAGCGAAUCAUCCACCAGCGGCUGCUCAGACGGCGAGUCGGAAGGAAUUAUUGCUAAAUCUUGCUUCGCGGUCAUACGCACUCUUACUUGGUAUUCAACGACCUGAAGCGCAAACGAGGCAAAAAUCGAUGCGCGCUUUUGUCUAUUUGCUUACAAGUGGUGUACCACCAUUAUUUGAUGAAACUGAUUCGCAACAUCAAGGGUUGUGGCAAACAAUACUUGCAGCAUUACCAUCGUUUGUGGCUAUUCUUAAUGAGGAAUUACCUGAUGCCACAGCAGUUCAAUUGCAUUCUGAUGCUGCUUUUGCCUUGCGAUUUAUAUCAUCAAUGGAUAAAGCUGAUGCUGUAAUUGCUUCAGGUGCUGUACCAAAAUUAGUUCAAUUGUUUCGUUCUGGUAUUUCGGAAUUGCAGAUUCAAGCUGCUUGGUGUCUUGGAAAUAUUGCAUCUGCUUCACCAGAGACUUGUCAUGUUAUUAUGAGUGUUUGUCCACCCCAUUUGGUAUUACCACAUAUUCGUAUGGCAACACCUUCUUUGCGACGUGCUGCUGUGUGGCUUUUACGUAGUUUAGUUGAAUUUCCAGAAGUAAUGGAAAAAAGUGGCGUUGUCGAUCUUGCCACAAAACAAGAAAUGAUGCAAGUACUGGUGAGUCUUGUGAUGCAAUUAUCAAUUGAAAAAGAACGAAUGUUUGUCUCUGCAAAUGGUCAAGAUGAAAAUAAUAAACUUAAGCAAACAGUUGCAAUUGCUCCAUGGCGUAUUUUUGAGAUUAGUACAGGAAAACCUGAACCAAAUGAUAUUGCUGUUGUACGAUUUGUUCGUGAAGUGAAUGAAUCAACUGUUGAAGUGAUGGAUGUCGAUGUGAAUUUUGAAACAGGAGAAAAUCUUGUGUUUCAAGCGAAGAAAACUGACUUGCGACCAUUGCAAGUGAUGGAUGAUGCGAUUGGAGAAGAUGACGAUUUGGAGGAUGAAGAAAGUGAUUUAUUGGAUGAACAAGUUUUAACUUUAUGCGAUAGCUGUUGGGCAUUGGUAGAAAUGACACUGCACAGUAGUGAUAUGGUUAGUGGGAUUGUUAAUGCUGGAAUGUGUCCACGACUCGUUGAGCUGUUGUAUAUUUCUCAAAGUAGUAUUAUUCUUGCACCCGUGUUACGAUUAUUGGGCAACAUUGUCUCGGCCGAAAUUUUGUACGCACAAGCUGUUAUUGAUGCUAAAUUAUUGGAAGUGAUUCCAAAUGUCUUGACGACCACAAGUCGCGCAGUGCGUGAAGAAGCAUGUUGGAUGUUGUCAAAUAUUGCUGGAGGACAUGAAGACCAAGUGAUUGCAAUGAUGAAUGCUCCAGGAGUGAUUGCUGGCUUGGUGGAGCAAAUGUCAUGGGCAGAAUAUGGUGUUAAACGGGAAGCGACUUGGGCUAUGUGCAAUAUUAUUGUACGAGCGAAUGUUGAAUUUAUUCAAAAAGUUGUACAAAUGGGCGUAUUACAAUCGUUUUGUCCAUUACUUGAAGAGUGGGAAGAUCCAAUGGUAGAGCUUGUGAUCUUAGAGGCAAUUGAGAGUUUAUUGCAAAAAGAUUCUCAAGAAGGUCGAAUUGCAGUCGAGGAAAGUGGGUGUCUUGCAAAAAUAGAGGAAUUGUCGUGUGAUCAAAACGAUGAUGUGAGCAGUAUGGCAUCACAGUUGCUAGACACAUGGUUUGACAGAGAAGAGGACGAAGUUGAUGCGACGCUGGCGCCGUCAGUCAUUAGGCAUGAACACACUGGUGAAUCACUCAAUUUUAAGCCUUUGCAAAGUGAUGUCCAGUUUCAUUUUGAGCAAAAUUGA